AUGUCAGAACAGCAGGCCCUGAAGCCACAAUUUUUCGUCACUCGCCAAAAUGGUGUCAUGGUCCCGCUCAUUGCAAUGGAUGAGCUUCCGGUUCACGUUCAACUUCGCAAUGUUCCCCGGAUCCUGGACCCUUACAAUAUCGCGGGAAUGAUAGGUGUGGGGUUCUAUGAAUCUCGGCAUCAGUACUACGUUGUCGAGGCACUCAACAACAGCAAACCAUUGUUCCUCGAUAGCAUCCAUGCACCACACUCCGACAGAAUACAAGCUGCUUCCUCCAGAACCAAUGUUGCCAAUAGGUGGACCGCAGCAGCGGUUCCAAGAACUCCAGUGCAGUCCCCGGCGCCACCCAAGGCAUUUGGCGUCGACGAACAGCGUCCAAGCGGUGCCGACAGCGGCUCUUGCACGUCAUCUACACUCUCGGUCGGCAGCGAAAGCAAACCUGUUUACAGCAACAACGUCUCCAAUCUUUCAGCCAAAGCUAGUGCUGUGGCAGCUUCCAACAAACAACCAAACAUUGGUCAAAGUAAAGUCCCGGCGGGGAGCAAAGAAUACUGCUCGUUUUGGAUUCGUCGUGGUGAAUGCGACUACGCCCAGCAAGGAUGCGUUUACAAGCAUGAGAUGCCUCUGGAUCUGCCGACACUCGAACGCAUUGGUCACCGUGACAUCCCCCGCUGGUAUCGUGAACAGUACGGUUUAGGUAGCCUUCUGGUUGCUGGCGGACAGAGUGGACCGAGUUUCGGCGUUUCUGAUCCAAAAGCUGUCGACCGAAAAUGGCGGGUCAGCGACGAUGCGAAACGCAUGAUCUGCCAUGGACUCGGCGUUGCAGCCAGAGGUCAAGGACCACGACCGGGUAACAGAAACUACGGCAAGAACUACAAUGUCGCAAAGGAUAAAGCCCUCGAGGCAGAAAAAGCGAAGGCGGAGAAAGAAAAAGAGCUGAUCGCACUGAAGUUGGCUGAGGAUGAGGAGAAAGAGCGCAAGGCUCUUGCUGCAAAGUACAAAGUCCUCAGACCCGACCACCGAUCCAUCUUCGACCACGAACUUGACAGUGACACUUUCAGCAAUGGCGAGGAACCAAACGACUUGAUGGCCAAGAUCAGAGCAAAGGAGCAGGCCGGAUGGGAGAAGGAGAAAGCCCGGGCGAGCAUCAUCAAUUCAAGCGCUGCAAGCAGUACUAUCGCGAGCAAGCGGGGUGGAUCUAGCAAGGAGAACAGAGGUGGCAGAUACCGCGGCGGAACCAGACGAGGGAAGAAUUGA